GGUGGUUCACCUUCGUCACUCUUCCGGAGCGUUGCACCAAACUGUUUAUCCAAAAUCCCAUUUUCUCUCUCCUCUCUUUCUCUCUCUGGUUUUCUUCAUUUAUUUAUUCAUAUAUUUAUACUCUUGUUUGGGGGUGCAACCAUCAGCGAUGGCUCAACUGCUGCAACCGCUGCAAUUCACCGUGCCGCUUCUAAUCGCAUGCCAUAAUUUGUUUAUGGGUUUCAUCAUCACUUUCCACUGAUUUAGUUGUUUAGGGUUUCGGUUUGAGAACCCCAUAGUAGCUUUGUACUCAUGUUUAUUUUUUAAGGAACUUAUUCUGGGUGCCUUUGUAAUUGUUCACCUUUACUUUUUUAUGAUCAAAGUUCAUAGCUUUGAAUUGUUCUCCCCCAUUACUGUACCAUCAACAAUUAACAUCACAUUGUUAUAGUUUUUUUUAUUUUUUAUUUUGGUUAUUCAUCUUGUUUUGUAUGAUUUUGUCGGGAAAAGACUGUAAAUUAUCAUAAAUAACUUUUAAUUCUCACAGCUCCCCUUUCAUUGGAAGAAAAAAAAAAAAAAAUUCUGUAAUAAUAAUUCAAAAAAAAAAAAGAAAGAGGAAAAACUGUAUCAAUUUAUUGAUGGGGAGUCCCGGAUUGAGCAAUCGUAAUAAUGGGCAGCAGCAACGCUUAGGCAUAACGGAACCCAUCUCAUUGGGUGGACCAACUGAAUAUGAUGUGAUCAAGACCUGUGAACUUGAGAAGUACUUGCAAGAUGCCGGUUUGUAUGAGAAUCAGCAGGAGGCAGUUAGUAGGGAGGAAGUGCUAGGCAGGCUAGACCAGAUUGUGAAGAUUUGGGUCAGAACCAUUAGCCGAGCAAAGGGACUUAACGAACAACUGGUGCAUGAAGCAAAUGCCAAGAUUUUCACUUUUGGCUCCUAUCGGCUAGGGGUGCAUGGCCCUGGAGCAGAUAUAGACACUCUUUGUGUUGGACCGAGACAUGCAUCCAGAGAAGAAGAUUUCUUUGGUGAGCUACAUAAGAUGCUAUCUGAGAUGCCAGAAGUAACAGAGUUGCACCCUGUGCCUGAUGCUCAUGUUCCAGUGAUGAAGUUCAAGUUCAAUGGUGUUUCUAUAGAUCUCCUUUAUGCAAAAUUAUCUUUGUGGGUUAUUCCCGAAGACUUGGAUAUAUCACAGGAGUCAAUAUUACAAAAUGCAGAUGAGCAAACAGUUCGAAGUCUUAAUGGUUGUAGAGUGACCGAUCAAAUCCUGCGUUUGGUUCCAAAUAUUCAGAGUUUUCGCACGACAUUGAGAUGCAUGAGGUUAUGGGCAAAGUGCCGUGGCGUUUAUUCAAAUGUUGCAGGUUUUCUUGGUGGUAUAAACUGGGCAUUGCUUGUUGCUCGAAUAUGCCAGCUAUUUCCGAAUGCACUGCCUAAUAUGUUAGUGUCUCGAUUCUUUAGGGUAUAUACUCAGUGGCGUUGGCCAAAUCCAGUAAUGCUUUGUGCUAUUGAAGAAGGAUCUCUUGGACUUCAAGUUUGGGAUCCUAGAAGAUAUCCCAAGGAUAGGUUCCAUCUGAUGCCAAUAAUUACUCCUGCUUAUCCUUGCAUGAAUUCUAGCUACAAUGUGUCAUCGAGUACGUUGCGUAUUAUGUUGGAGGAGUUUCAGAGGGGAAAUGAAAUAUGUGAGGCUAUGGAGGCUAACAAGGCUGAUUGGGAUACUCUUUUUGAGCCUUAUCCUUUUUUCGAAGCAUAUAAGAAUUAUUUGCAGAUUGACAUUUCAGCUGAAAAUGCUGAUGAUCUUAGAAAAUGGAAAGGCUGGGUUGAGUCUCGCCUGCGCCAGUUGACAUUGAAGAUCGAGAGGCACACUUAUGGCAUGCUUCAGUGCCAUCCACAUCCUGGUGACUUUUCAGACAAAUCUAGACCUUUCCACUGCUCUUAUUUCAUGGGUCUGCAACGUAAGCAAGGAGUUCCUGUCAAUGAAGGUGGACAAUUUGAUAUAAGAAUAACUGUUGAAGAAUUUAAGCAUUCUGUCAACAUUUACACUUCAUGGAAACCUGGAAUGGAUAUCCAUGUCUCCCAUGUGAAACGCCGUAGUAUACCUAACUUUGUAUUUCCUGGUGGUGUUCGACCCUCUCGCCCGUCUAAAGUAACUUGGGAUAGUAAGCGUAGUUCAGAAUUAAGGAUCUCUGGCCAUGGUCAAGCAGAAAAGUCUCAAGAAGGUAAAGUGGUUGUAUUAGGAGCAAGUGAUGACAGGAAGAGAAAGCAAGCAGAGGAUAGCGUGGAUAGCUUGAGAAGUUCCAAGUCCUUGGCAUCUUUGCCUCCUUCCAGCAGUGAAGUUCAUGAAGAUAGAAAUCCUAUUAGCACUGCUAAUACUUGUUCUAUGAAAUGCGGUGACUUAGAAGUCAACAGCAUGACUGAACAAAAGAGUGAGAAACCUGAUUUGAAAUCUUCAGGGGAGAGUCCUUCUAGUGAUAGAGAGACCAAUGGAUCACUGAGAAGCACACAAGUCAACCCUAUACUUACUGCUACUGGUACAUCUAGUUCUAAAGAAGCAGAAAAGCUAGCCAUUGAGAAGAUUAUGCAUGGUCCAUAUAAUGCACAUCAAGCUUUUUCAGAAGAACCUGAUGAGCUUGAAGAUGAUCUUGAGUAUAGAAAUCAAGUCAAAGAUUUUGGUGGGAACAUGAAAAACAGCAACUUGGACUCUUCAAACUCAGAGUCUGCAGUCGCGGCAGAACCAGUUAUUUUUAAGAAGGAAACCACUUGUUCAACUCAUUUAUAUUCUAAUGGGGGCUUGGAGGAGCUUGAGCCUGCUGAGCUGACGGCGCCGUUGUUAAGUGGGACUCCUGCACUUGUGCCACAGCGGAAGCCCCUUAUCAGGUUGAAUUUCACCUCCUUAGGGAAAGCUGUUGACAAAAGUUCUUAGACACUUCAAAGCUUUAGCUGCAGAUAAGCUGGGAUGGAAAAGUCUUUUCUAGUUUUCUUUCGUUUUGUAAUAAUGUUGAUAUAGUAAAUAAACCCCGAGCUAGAAAAGCCAACAAUUUUCUCUUAUUUGUAGCAUGAGAAGCUGUUGAAUAUUUAUCACCGGCAAAAUCAGAUUUUGAUAACUUAUAAGUCUAUUUUAU